UGCACCCCAGCCUGGGUGACGGAGUGAGACCCUAUCUCUAAAUAAAUAAAUAAAAGUUUUGAUAGAAAUAUGAAUCCAGCGCUGCCACUGCAAGGGAGGGCUAAGGGGAGCUGAGAAAGAUUUCAUGGAAAAGUGUGGCUUUAAAGGAUGAAUAGAAGCUGGCAGUCAUCCGUUACCAUAAACAAUGGAAAUAAACAAACAGAAACUAGCUCUUUAAGAAACAGUCUACAGGGAGGGCUGGCUACUGGUUAAUCCUACCUGGUUUGGCUUCUGAAGCCAUCAGUCAAGAUGACAUCACCAUUGAUCAGGUUUCUCAGGGCGGUGUGCAUUUGCCAGGUGUGUAAUGAGGAAAAGGAAGUCUCCGGAAUCCUCCCCUGGCGUCCCAGGAGGCGAAAGCUAUGCACUGCACAGAGGCUGGGAAGGCUUUAAUUAAAUUCAACCACUGUGAGAAAUACAUCUACAGCUUCAGGGUGCCCCAGUGCUGCCCCCUCUGCCAGCAAGACCUGGGCUCGAGGAAGCUGGAGGAAGCACCUAUUAGCAUCGCUAAUCCAUUCACUAAUGGACAUCAGGAAAAAUGUUCAUUCCUCCUCAGACCAACUCAGGGGACGUUUCUUAGGGAGUAUGAUGGAAGGUCUAAUCUUCACGUUGGAAUAACUAACACAAAUGGGGUUGUGUAUAAUUACAGUGCACAUGGUGUCCAGCGAGAUGGCGCAGGGUGGGAGCAGAGCAUAAGCAUCCCAUUACUGCAGCCCAACAUGUAUGGAAUGAUGGAGCAAUGGGACAAGUACCUGGAAGACUUCUCCACCUCGGGGGCCUGGUUGCCUCACAGGUAUGAAGAAGACCACUACAACUGCUACACUUACACACUCUUGUUCAUUAACUGCGUUCUGAUGGCAGAAGGUAGAGAGCAACUGGACAAGAGUGAAUUUACAGAGAAGUACGUGGUCCCUCGGACAAGGCUGGCAUCCAAAUACAUCACACUCUACCGAGCAAUACAGGAGCAUGGCUUCUAUGUCACUGACCGUCCCCAGCAGGAGGCACAAGCCCCUGAGGGCAGCGGUUUGUGCUGAGAGCUACGUAAGUGCAGUCCGGACAAUGGGGGUAGGGAGCUUGCUACCUUUCAUCAGUACUAUGGAUUUCUAAAUGCAUUUAACUGUGGUCAAUAAAAACUUGUAUGGGUUGGGCCCUGUGUCUCACACCUGUAAUCCCAGUACUUCGGGAGGCCGAGGCAGGCAGGUCGUCUGAGGUCGGGAGUUUGAGACCAGUCUGGCCAAAAUGGUGAAACCCCAUCUCUACUAAAAAUAUAAAAAUUAGCCAGGCGUGGUGGCAGGUGCCUGUAAUCCCAGCUACUUGGGAGGCUGAGGCACAAGAAUCGCUUGAACCCAGGAGGCAGAGGUUGUAGUGAGCCAAGAUCGCAGCACUGCACUUCAGCUUGGACGACAGAGCGAGAUUCCAUCUCAAGAAAAAAAAAGUGCAUAGUAAGCUCAUGAUAGUGAACAAUAGUAAAACAAAACAAAACCAAAAACCCCCUCAGAAUCUAAAUCAGGAAAUGGUUACUCCUUUUAAAUGAACUCUUCAGGGUCUAUUUGCACAAACAGGCCUGGCAAUGCCUCAAAUCAGUAAAAUUCCAGCCUGUGUCCUUUUCAUUUGGCCUGACCCAACACAUGGAGGUUCAGGAGUUGGGUUUGCCGCCACAAAGUACUUCCUAUGCCCACUGGAAAGGCAGAGUUCAGAAAGGACACGAAGACAGGGCUAUCUUCUUUCCCUGAUAGCUUCAGGAGGAGUCUGGGGAAACUGGGAUCAGUAACUGUGGGGAUUUUGAACAAGUAUGUUGGAGUUUGUGUACCGAAAGAAUCAUCGAACUUCAAAACGCCAACAUGCAAAACAUUCCCGAAUUCCUCUUUGGAAACUUCUUCCAGAACUCAUUUUUUGACUAAAUGUGAUGUAUUACUUUACUUAAUCUUAUUCCCCAGCCUUGGUACCAACUGAUAUCUAAUUUCCAAAAA